CAGGGUCGUGCCAUUUAUAGUUCAUCGACGGGGCGUUCAAAGGCACCGCCCUCAUGAGCACGUCCAUGAGUGCUGCGAGCCGGAACGAGACAUAUCUCCAGGACCAGAUCCGCGCGCUCCAAGUGCAGGGCGACUACUACGCGCGCAAAGUCGAGAUCGAAAAGCGGCGCAGCGACGAGCUCGACCAGCAGCUCAAGCAUUAUCGUGACACGCACAACGAAACAAAAAAACUGAUGAGCUCCACGGGUGGCAUGGGAACCAGCGGGCCAGCCAAGCCCACGGAUCCGACGCUCGACCAGCGCUCGAUUCGGACACUCGAAAAUCGGUUGGAGAAGGUCUUGAUUCGCCUCAAUGAAGCGUGCAAUGCGAACAAGAAGCUGCGUGAUCAAAUUCAAAACCUCCGGCGGGAAAAAGUCCAACAGCAACAGAUUCACGAAAAACUGGACCGGGAGCUACACGCCAAGCAGGUGGAUGUCGCCAAGACCGGCCAAAUGACGCAAAGUAUCUACGAUGCGCGGGAUCGCGCGCAGCGGCAGGUGGAAGCGUUGCGGCUGCAAACCGCCGAGGAGACGGCGCAUUUCGAAGCCGAGUGGAACGAACUCAAGGGCGUGAUCGAGAUGGACCGAGCGCACUUGCGUGCGUCGCAACAUCAUGGGUCCAUGUUCAUCGAUGGGGACGAUAGCGUCGACCGCGAAAGCACCACCCCGGACGCCAAGUUGCGCGACGAGACACUCAAGACAUCGUGGUUGAUUAGCGCCAAGGAAGCGGACCUGCGUAAGCAGACGGAGCGCCUCAAGUCAUACGAAGAUGGCUUGGCCAAAAUUCGCAAGAAGACUGGCAUCAAGGACAUCGGGGAGCUCGCGAAUGCGCUCAUGUCGGCGGAGGAGAAGAACUUUUCGCUAUUCAACAUGAUCAACGAGCUCAAUACGGAAAUGGAGGCGGUCGAGAUCGAAAACAAUCGCUUCCAGGACAUGAUCCAGGAGUGCCAGGGAUCUGGCAGCGACAUCAACCGCGUCCGCAUCAAGGCGAGUCUGGAGGAGCAGAUCGAAAAGUCCAAACAAAAGGCGGCGCACUUCGAAGUCCGCGUCGCAGAGUCCAUGGCAAUCAUCGACUCGAUCAAGACGGGCGCGAUGAACAUCUUCCACAAGAUCGGGUACAACGAUGAAGUACUUCUACAACAGCUCAACUCGACCGGCCUCACCGACAUCAACAUGCUCAAAUUCCUCGGCAUCAUCGAAAAGCGCAUUGGCGAGAUCGUCCAGAUGCACAACAUCGUGUACGCCCAGCAGUCGGGCAAGAUGGACGCUACGUCCGCCACGUCAGCCACACUCAAAGGAUCGGUGUCUCCUUCAAGCACCGCAAAGAAAGCUCUGCUGGCUCCGGGGGGCGGCGGCCACGAUUUACACCCGCAACCGCCUGACUUCAUGGACGACGAUGGCGACGAUCCAGAGGAAGAUGUCAAACCUUGCAAGAUUGCCGACAUCCAGGAGAAGACUGCCGCCGCCAUCGGUCGACGAAAGGACAAAGCUGCCAAGAAGAGAUAAGGCGUGUAGUAGCACGCCACGAACUUCAUUCGAAGCCCAUUAGCUCAUGCCGCGUUGUACACAAGGACUCGCUUUCAAACUCA